GCUGCAGCUACCAGCGGUUGGGUCCGGCGGCGCCCAGCUAGCCCCAGAACCCCGGGCUCUUCUGGAAGUGCUCACAGUGCCAGACCAUGAGAAACACCAGCAAGGAAGUGCACAGCACCACUCACCGCUAUGCUCCCUGUGACUGGUAUUACCACCUCCCGGUGAAGCGCUCUGAGAAGGCUGUCGAUGCCCCGCCAGCGUCUCAGAUUCCAGGGCUCAGCAGACUGGGUGACUCACACAAUGGGCACUUGCCGGGGAUGCGAAGGUACUGGAUAAAAGAAACAGACUCCGAGUACGUGAAGCUUGCAAAGCAAGGCGGCAGACCCGAUUUGCUGACGCACUUAGUUCCUGGGAGCAGGAAAGGCUCUCCUGUGGCCUACUCACUGCCAGACUGGUACAUCCACCACAGCAAGCCUGCCACAGCACAGCAGCGUGAGGUCCCUGCGGUCUCCAUGCCCGAUUACAUGGUGUAUGAAGAAUUCAACCCCAGCCGGGCCAAUGGGAGCUACGAAUCCAGAAGAGGCCCCUUUGAUUUCGACAUGAAAACAGUUUGGCAAAGAGAGGCUGAGGAACUUGAGGAGAAAAAAAAGGUGAAGCUGCCCGCCAUCCACUCCAAACACCCCAGCAAGGCGGGAACCCCAACAGGCUCCAAAGACUCCUCGGGGAGCCGGCUGUCCUUCCCUCCCAUGCCUGGUCAAAAAACCAAUUCACCAACAAACUUCUCCAAGCUUAUCAGCAAUGGCUAUAAGGAUGAGUGGUUACAGCAGCAAAGAGCGGACUCUGACAUAAAGACCCUGAAGACAUCUAGGGGCUCCAUGUCCUCUCAGUCCACACAGGACCCGGAAGGGCCCAAGGAUACAGAGGCCUUGCUAGACCCGCAGGCUCCUGAAGGCUCCGAGAAAACUCAAGAGUCUUCUCCUCCAAGCCCAGGAGUGUCUCCAUCUGAAUCAACUCCAGCAGAGCUCAAAUAAUCACAGAUGUCACAUUCAGAAUCACCUUCUUAGUAGCUCACUAUGGUGUGACUAGGUUGCAGCUAUGUUUGUAAGGCUUAGAUUUUAUUACUAUAGAUGCUUGCAGAACUGUAUAUUCACAGCAGUGUUACUAUCACUGAGGCACAGGGAGGGAAAACACUGGGUUGUUUUUUUUUUCCACCCAUUUCUCUGGGGUGCUGAACAUGGGGUCAGUAGGAGGUGCUACCACAACCUCUAGGAUCUUUCACUCUGCCAGCCUGUCGACCCCUCAGGACUGGUCACCUGCCCUGCCAUCCUGGAACAGCACCUCCAGGGCUCAUCACCAUGUGGGAGCCUUGUCUGAGAUUCGGAAUAGGAAGAAACUCACACAAUAAGCCUCAGCAUUUUCCCCUAUAGUUUGGCUCUAUGAUCUUUGUAGAAAGACUUUUCCUGUUUAAAAAAAUCAAAAUAUGAUCACAUAGUUUGUAUUAAAAAUAUUAUGCCUUGAAGUUUUCAAUGCUUAAUAUAAGACAUUGUAACACUUACUAGGUUUUUGCCACUCCUGUGAGCAUAACUAAAGUCUAGACUAUGAAAAAAUUAUUUUAUAUCUUUUCAGUAAAGAUGUACUUCAUAGACUUAAAGCUUUGAAAUAAUCAGCUGAAUGCUCUAGUUUUAUAAAAGUUAUUGCUUAUGUAUUAGAAAGUUGCAUUAAAAUAUAAUUUUAAAUAUUUUGUAUCUUUAAUUUGUUAAUGAUUUUUGGACAGAUAAUUUUCUUAGGAAGCCAAAUAAGGUCACAGACAUUUGUACCUUUUUUCCUGGAAUGAACUUAUCAUGCACUUGCUCAGCUAAAACUUAAGUUUCAUAUUAGAACUCUGAGCUAUUUAAUGGAACAUGUACAUGUCUAUUAUAUGAUCACAAGGAUGCUACUGUGGAAUAAUACGUAUGCAAUGUGUAAAAAGUGGGAAUGGCUGUACAUAUGGAAUAAAAAUGAUAUACCAC